AUGGGUAAGGCAAUUAGUAAAUGUUUGGGGGAUUGGGGGAUCCAAAAGAUUUUUUCUAUCACUGUUGAUAAUGCUAGUUCAAAUGAUGUUGCAGUAAGGCAUUUGAAGAAAAAAUAUAAUGUUGCUAGAACUAGUAUUUUAGGUGGUAGAUUUUUUCAUGUGAGAUGCAUUGCUCAUGUUGUGAAUCUUGUGGUCUCUGAUGGAUUGAAGGAUAUGAAUACCUCAAUUGCUCGUGUUAGAGGGGCAGUGAGAUAUUUUAGACAAUCUCUUACUAGAUUAGUUAAGUUUAAGGAGUGUGCUGUUAGUGCAAGAGUUAAGAACAAGUGUUUAUUGUGUUUAGAUGUAAACACUAGAUGGAAUUCUACUUUUUUGAUGUUGGAUACAACUUUGAAAUUUCAGAGGGCGUUUGUAUCAUUUGAAUUAUGUGAUAAUGGCUACAUACCUGAGCUUAUAAAGUCGGGAGAUGGGGUGCCUGAUGACAGAGAUUGGGCAAAUGUUAGGAGGAUUUCUCGUUUUUUGAGAGAAUUUUAUGAUUUGACUUUUAGUGUUUCAGGCACAUCUUACAUAACUACUAAUGCUUUUUUGGAUUCCAUUUCUGAUGUGUAUACGACUUUGAUUGAAUGGCAAAAUGGUGAUGAUGUUGAUUUACAGUCUAUGGCAAUUAGGAUGAAAGAGAAAUAUGACAAGUAUUGGGGUAAUACGGAGAAAAUGAAUUUGGUGUUAUUUAUUGCUGCUAUACUUGAUCCGACGAAAAAGCUUUCUUAUGUUGAAUUCACUUUGCUAGACAUGUAUCCUCCAACUCAAGCUUCAAUAAUGUUUUCUUUGGUGACACAAACAAUGGAUGAGUUGUUGAGUUGUUAUAGAAAUAUGUUACAACCUUUAGCUCGUGAUGUUGGUGAAGGUGGUCAAUAG